AUGAAGCGCUGCCGAGCUAGCUCCAUCCGGAGUGGAACCAAAGCACUGUUACUGGAAUAUUGCUCGAACAGUUCCGUUCACGGUGUUCGCUACUUUGGUUGCCGUGAACGCACCUGGUCUGAGAAAAUUUGGUGGAUCAUCGUGUUUGUACUGUCGAUUGUGAGUUGCACAUUUUUGAUCCACAAAAUAUAUCGGAAGUGGGACGAAACACCAGUGAUUGUGAGCUUCGCCGAAAAAACUACGCCCGUAUGGCAAAUUCCAUUCCCGGCGGUUACCGUUUGCCCGCAAACCAAAGUGCAUGUCCGUGAUCUGAACUUUUCAAAAGAAUUCGAGAAGCACGUUGAACUCUUUAUUCAAGGCCAGUUUGAGAUCAACGCUACGGAUAAUUUUCUAGCGAUGGUUCAGUUAUGCGAACGGACGUUUUACCAAUCCUUCUUGGGACCAACUCGCUUACCAAAUAAGAGUGGCCCGUUCAGUUACGGAGAAUUGAUUAGCAAUAUGUCAUUGCAAAUGAUCGACUACAUGACAUUCUGCACUAUUCGCAGCACCCUCAAACCAUGUAGUCAGCUGUUUUCCGUCUCCAUGACGGAGGAAGGUGUUUGUGCUACCUUUAAUGGUUUAGCAGCCGAUGACCUACUCCGUGCGGAGGUCAUCCAGCAAGACGACCCAUACCUUUUCGAGUAUCGGGAAUCACCUUACUGGACUCUGGAACAGGGAUACUCUGCGAAAGCUGAACUUCUGUCCUACCCGCGACGAUCGGUUGGACCCGGAUACUCGGCCGGAAUAUCGUUGAACUUAUUGCUUGAGGAGGCAGAUUUAGAAUAUAUUUGUGGUGGACCAGUGCAGGGUUUUAAGGUUGUGCUACAUUCACCAGCUGACUAUCCUCAGGUCUCGAAAAAAUUCGUACGCGUACCGAUGAACCAGGAUGUGACUAUUGCUGUAAAACCUCAGAUGACAACUACCACCGCUGGUCUGCGAAGCUACACUCCGGAGCGACGGCAAUGUUUCUUCAAUCGCGAGCGACAUCUGAAGUUCUUUCGUGUUUACACUCAGGACAACUGUGAGCUGGAAUGCUUAGCCAAUUACACUUUGCAGCGUUGUGGUUGUGUUCGUUUCUCCAUGCCCCGGAUUAGCCGUACUGCCGUUUGUGAAUCCAGUAAUACCUAUUGUAUGCUCAGUGCCGAAACGGAACUUCUCGAAAUGGAUGUCGUCAGGAACAACAGUAAUGAAUCGAUGAACUUUCGUGCAAACUGCAACUGUCUAGUGGCGUGUACUUCAACACAGUACGACGCAGAAAUUACUCAAACCGACUUCGAUUGGGUCAACUGGUUGAAAGCCUUCAAGUUGCCACCGAAUGAGACAGAAGGCAUGCAGGUUGCCCGACUAUCGAUCUACUUCAAGGAAGCUCAGUUUAUGACCUCGAAGCGCAGUGAACUGUACGGUUUGACGGACUUCCUGGCGAACUGUGGAGGUCUGCUCGGUCUUUGCAUGGGCGUCAGUUUGCUAAGCCUGGUCGAGCUGUUCUAUUUCUGUUCACUUCGACCCUUUAUGUUGUGGAGAAAUGCUAAACCCUGCAGAAAGCAAGAUGUUGAUGCUCUUCCGACGAUAAAUUUGCUGUCGAUGGCUGCUAAACGUGACUAA